CGGUCGUGUUGUUGGGGGUAUAAGGGUAGUAGUGGUGCUAUUGGUGGUUUUACUGCUGUUGGUAAUGUUGGUGGUGGCUUUAUUAUUGAUGUUAACAUUGGUGGUGGUGGUCUUGUUGUUGGUAAGAUUGGUGGUGAUGUUGGUGGUGGUGUUGAUGGUGGUUUUAUUAUUGUUGUUAAUAUUGGUGGUGGUGGUCUUGUUGUUGGUAAGAUUGAUGGUGAUGUUGCUAUUGGUG